UAUAACCAGAAGACAAGAAUUUACAUAAUUCUUAUUCUUCGGGCGAAGCACGGUCUUGUGACGUAAUUCACUCCCAACCGCUGCGCGAAUUAAAACUGUAGAUAGAGGAGAAAGGUUUAUUUAUUUAUUUAUUUAUUAUUUAAAAUCAGCCAAAUACAGGCUGUAUCGUGAGGAGCAGGCGGCGGUGGGAGUGGAUUGCCGUUCUUCUUUCCAGCAUCACCGCCAUUUCUGAAGGAGACGGUUUGUGCGUCAAACCCUCAGAUGCGUCGUGGCCGUGUGCUCGUCGUUGAAUGUAAUUGUUGAUGUCGACGUGAAUCAAUGAAACGGAUGCGAUUAACCACAGAUUUUUUGAGUGAAGUGGAAUAUCUUUUUUUUGGUCCGCCACUGCGUUUAUUUGAAGCCAUUGUUUUGAGGUUUCUUAUUUCUAACGUUUCAUCCUUGUAUUUCUCACGGGCUAUGUCGACAAAAGAGACUCCAUUUUCCAGUGAUACGCAGCGCACGGCGGACUAUUGUGGAUCAAGCAGCAGACCGGAGGCUCAUACAUGGGGCUGGAUUAAACACUCUCUUUUGGUAUUCUGACCUGUCAUCUAUCAUCUCACCACAAAUUAGAAAAGGAAAACAUUUAAUACUUGGACAGCAAAAUAGAUCGAUAUAUAUAAUAAAAAAAAUAAAAAAUAAGUAUAGAGUAUGGCUACACUGAGGCAACAUCUAAGGACUGGACAUCUACUUCAGCCUUCUUAUAUGUGCAGCAAGAAAAUGCGAUAUAUAGGUUUGGAGCGUCACAGAAGCACUGGAAAAUGGUGGUCCUUUCUAUGGCUGGUUCUACUCCUAAUGCACAUGAUUCCUGCGAAGGGUGAGAAAAUGUAUGACAAUGAUCCUGUGGUCACAACCACCAAUGGCAAGCUUCGUGGAAUCAAGAAGGAGUUGAACAAUGAGAUCUUGGGCCCAGUUGUGCAGUUUCUCGGUGUUCCAUUUGCAGCCCCACCCACAGGCGAGCACCGCUUUCAGCCACCUGAGCCAUUAGUGCCAUGGCCGGAUAUCCGCAAUGCAACACACUUUGCCCCAGUGUGCCCCCAGAACAUUGUGGAGGGCCGCCUUCCUGAUGUGAUGCUUCCAGUCUGGUUCACCAACAGUAUUGAUGUUGUAUCAUCAUACGUCCAGGACCAGAGUGAGGACUGCCUCUACCUUAACAUCUAUGUGCCCACGGAAGAUGUCAAAAGAAUAUCCAAGGAAUGUGCAAGAAAACCGGGCAAGAAAAUAUGUAGGAAAGGAGGUCCCCUUACAAAGAAACACUCUGAUGAUUUAAGUGAUAGUGACCACGCAGCAGAAGAAGACAUAAGGGAGAGUGGAAGUCCCAAGCCAGUAAUGGUUUUCAUCCAUGGUGGAUCCUACAUGGAAGGAACUGGUAACCUGUUUGAUGGCAGUGUCCUGGCCAGCUAUGGGAAUGUGAUUGUCAUAACAGUCAAUUACCGGUUGGGUGUUCUAGGUUUCCUGAGUACUGGUGACCAGGCAGCAAAGGGGAAUUAUGGUUUGUUGGACCAAAUUCAGGCUCUUCGCUGGACCAGUGAGAAUAUUGCUGCCUUUGGUGGUGAUCCGCUCCGUAUAACUGUGUUUGGGUCAGGGGCUGGAGCCUCUUGUGUCAACCUUCUCACACUUUCUCACUACUCAGAGGGCAACCGCUGGAGCAACUCCACAAAAGGGCUGUUUCAAAGGGCCAUCACCCAGAGUGGCACAGCACUGUCAAGCUGGGCUGUUAGCUUCCAGCCAGCUAAGUAUGCCAGAAUGCUGGGCCGCAAAGUUGGCUGUAAUCUUGACGACACCGUUGAGCUUGUGACGUGUCUUCAGAGAAAGCAUUACCAGGAGUUGGUGGAUCAAGACAUCCAGCCAGCACGGUACCACAUUGCCUUUGGACCUGUUAUUGAUGGUGAUGUAAUCCCUGAUGACCCUCAGAUACUCAUGGAACAAGGUGAAUUCCUUAACUAUGAUAUUAUGCUUGGAGUGAACCAGGGUGAGGGUCUUAAAUUUGUGGAGCUGAUCGUGGACAACGAAAAUGGUGUUCAGGCCAAUGACUUUGACUACGCUGUGUCAAGCUUUGUGGAUGACCUCUAUGGCUAUCCAGAGGGUAAAGACAUACUCAGAGAGACCAUCAAGUUUAUGUACACAGAUUGGGCCGAUAGGCACAACCCAGAAACACGCAGGAAGACCUUGCUGGCCCUAUUCACGGAUCACCAGUGGGUGGCACCUGCUGUUGCCACAGCUGACCUGCACUCUAGCUUUGGGUCUCCUACUUACUUCUAUGCAUUCUAUCAUCACUGUCAAACAGAACAGGUGCCACCCUGGGCUGACGCAUCUCAUGGAGAUGAGAUCCCCUAUGUGUUUGGCCUUCCAAUGAUUGGACCAACUGAGCUAUUUCCCUGCAAUUUUUCGAAGAAUGACAUUAUGCUCAGUGCCGUGAUGAUGACUUAUUGGACAAACUUCGCCAAAACCGGUGACCCUAAUCAGCCUGUACCUCAGGACACCAAAUUCAUCCACACAAAGCCCAACCGCUUUGAAGAAGUGGCAUGGACACGCUACAACCAGAAAGAUCAGCUUUACCUGCACAUAGGGCUAAAGCCACGUGUCAAAGAGCACUAUCGUGCCAACAAGGUUAAUUUAUGGUUGGAGCUGGUUCCUCAUUUGCACAGCCUCAAUGAUGUCACUCAGCUGAUUGCCACCACCACCAAGAUUUCUCCAUCAGGUGCGAGCAACCGCACCCCAAAGCCAAAGGUUCUCGUGACUAAGAACCCCUACCCAUCUCCCCUGCCAACGGACACCCAGGACAUCCACAACCAACCUCAUCUGGUGGACCAGCGUGACUAUUCCACUGAGUUGUCAGUGACUAUCGCCGUGGGAGCAUCUCUGCUCUUCCUCAACAUUCUGGCUUUUGCAGCUCUUUACUACAAGAAGGACAAACACCGGCAUGACAUUCACAAGCGCUGCAGCCCUCAACAGAGUGCAACCAACAACCUUGCUCAUACACAGGAGGAGGAGAUAAUGUCUCUUCAGAUGAAGCAACACUCAGACCUGGACCAAGACUGCAGGCAGAUGGGUGAUUCGCUGAAUCCUCAUGAUGUGUUGCUCAGGACUACCUGCCCACCAGACUACACUCUGGCCUUGAGGCGCUCACCAGAUGACAUCCCUCUCAUGACACCAAACACCAUUACCAUGAUCCCGAGUACUAUCGGACGGCUUACUUCUCUCCAAUCUUUCAGCACCUUUCCCAGCAGCCAACAAAAUAACACUCUUCCCCACCCACACUCACAUUCCACCACCCGAGUAUAGUCCAGGACAUCCACUCAACAGGCAGGACUCUCCUAACUACUGUCCAUCCUCUUUGAGAAUCUUAAAAUGCUCUGUCAGAGGCUAACACCAGCCUGAACCACUGGUUAUAGUGACAUUUAUCAAGGGACAUAAGUCACUUUUUUUUAUUGUAAAAAUCACGAAAAUCAAGAAGUACAAAACACCUAGAUUAACAUAAUUAUACAGACACAUCAAGAUAUAUUUUUCAGCAUUUUUACUCUGAAAAUACAUCCAAAAAAUUAAACUGUGUAAUCUGGAAGUACAAAGUAUUAGAAUCUGCUUGGGACUGAGUGACAUGAGAAUAGCUAUUCAAUGCACUGUAGACUACUGCAGGGCAGAUUCCAUUCAAAGCAAUUUUGGCAUGUAUUUCAUGAAUGAAUACAUUGGUUUUUUUCUGUUUGUUUGAUUGUUUGUUUUUGGGAUGAAAACAGAAAAGACGAAAACAUUUAAGGAAGAGUAUGAAAUAUGCACAAUGGAAUCCUGAAGUUUUUCAUUCUUGUAUUUUUGAGUUUGAGAAUCGUGAAAGAAGUUAACAUUAGACCAAUUAAAAUAUGUAAUGCUGAACUUUGAGCAUCAAUGCUUUAGAGUCAUUGUAUUGAAUGGGUGGCUUGGUCUACAACUGUCGCAGCAGGACUGAACCCAAGGAGAUACAGGCAGUUCCAAGGAGAUCUGGGGAACCAGAAGGAUGAGUAGAUUUUAACACAAUCUGUGCAUGACACUUUAUUUUCUUAAUAAAAGGAAAAAUUAUCAUUUUCACCCUUGAUGAAUGAAUUUUAGUUGAAUUUCCUGAAUGGAUUAUUGGAAAAACAUUCUCAGAAGACUAUGGGGGAUUCACUCCCACAACUGUGGCUACUGUGGCCUGGGACUUACAGUAGGUAAAAGUGCAGAUGACAAUAUCCGUUGCAAUAUAUGAGGACAAGGUUUGCAAUCUGUGCUGGCACUUCAUUAAAUUUAUUGUACCAUAA